CCUACUUCGGAAGGUUAUGUUUAUGAAAAUAAAAAAAUUAAAAAAGACAUUUUCCCUGUUCGGUUUGGAUAAAAAUUCCAAUUCCCAGGUCCCAAAUCCAUCAGAAAAUUUAUUUCGACACUCUCUUUCGACGCAUCCCUUAGCCAUCGUCGGCUUCUGCUCAGGUGGACAUAGCUUUAACUUUCAUCAUCAUCAUCAUCAUCAUAUACAUAUAUAUAUAUAUAUAUAUAUAUAUAUUUUCGUUUUGCUGUGAAUUAGCCAAAGAACGGUGUUUGGAGCCCACAACAAAAGCACUAUUUUUUCAGCACUCCAAAACAGGCUCUAAAAGAAAAUGAGUAAGUAUGGGUUGAACCUCAGGCCAAACAAAAACAAGCAGCCCUCAAAGCCACCUCUUCCUACUCCUUUUGGUUUUGGAAAUGAUGAUGACAAUGAUGUUGAGAGAGAAAUUUCUCGCCAUGCUUCCAAGAACAAGUCUCUUAAGGAUAUUGAGGAGCAGCAAAGGAAAGCCUUGGAAGAGGACCCCUCUGUGUUUGAUUAUGAUGGAGUUUAUGAUGAAAUGAAAAAUAAAGCUGUCCAACCUAGGGCACAAGAACGUCAAGAGAGAAAGCCAAAAUAUAUUACGGCUCUACUUAAAAAGACAGAAGAACGAAAGCGGGAGCAAGAUAUAGUAUAUGAGAGAAAACUUGAAAAAGAGAGAAAGAAAGAGGACCACCUAUAUGCAGAAAAGGACAAAUUUGUGACAAGUGCUUACAAAAAGAAACUUGCAGAGCAAGCAAAAUGGAUGGAGGAAGAACGUUUGCGCAAAAUUAGGGAGGAAAAAGAGGAUGUUACCAAGAAGACUGACUUGAGUGAUUUUUAUUUCAACCUUGGAAAAAAUGUUGCUUUUGGCGCAAGAGAUGCUGAGCUAAGGAAACAAGAGAAGCAGGAUGAGUUAAGGAAGGCAGAAAAGCAUGGUGUUGAAACGCAUGCAACAACUUUGGACAAGAAUAGGUCAUCAAACACCUCAAAUUCAGUAUCAGAGUCUUCAAGGGUGAGAGAAGAACACCGAGGUGAAACUUCUAUUUCUGAAAGAAGUGAGUCCUCUGAGGUGAAGACAGUUUCAAAGACAACACUAUCGGGGUCCUCUGAAGUGAAGCCAACUACAAAUAUGACAGUGCCUGACAAUUCUUCAGUUGGACAGCCAGCAGUGGAACAACCAAAAACUCACCAUCAUAAAAGAAGUGAAGAUGCUGUGGCUGCAGCUAAAGAGCGCUUUCUGGCACGAAAGAGGGCAAAAGAACAAUAAAAGCUUUACUAUGUGAUUGUCAUCGAAUGCUUUCAAAACUAGUUAGUGUUGUACUUUCUUAUUUUAUCCCGUAGUCUAAUUGAUCUCCUUGUGGUUCUGUGCA